GGUCCUGCUUUAGAGAGAAAACACAGGCAGGUGUGAACUUUGACUCGUCGUCGUGGAGACAGCAGAGGAGGAGCAGUAGUAGAGGAGGGACGGCCAUCAACAGGAGGAGGAGGAAGAGGAGGAGGAAGGAAGAAGAAGAAGUGUCAGCAGCAGCAGCUCUCUCCACGGUGUCAUGGCUGCUGCCCUCAGUAACUCGGCGGCCGCCUCCAGUCCCAUGGUGAUCCUGGCGCCCAAGACCAAGACGAAGAAGAAACACUUCGUCCAGCAGAAGGUGAAAGUCUUCCGAGCCAGCGACCCGGUGCUCAGCGUCUUUAUGUGGGGCGUCAAUCACUCGAUCAAUGAUCUCAACCAGGUGCCUGUUCCCGUCAUGUUGCUGCCCGACGACUUCAAAGCCAACACUAAGAUCAAAGUUAACAACCACCUCUUCAACAAAGAAAAUCUCCCAGGACAUUUCAAAUUUAAGGAAUACUGUCCGCAGGUCUUCCGAAAUCUAAGGGAACGGUUUGGUAUCGAGGAUCUGGACUAUCAGGUGUCGUUGACCCGGAGCCCCCCGAUGAGGAGCACAGAGGACCAAGGAGAGGGUCUGCUCCUCAACUCCUACGACCGCACGCUGGUCGUCAAGCAGAUCUCCAGCGAGGACGUCGCAGACAUGCACAGCAUCCUGUCCGAGUAUCAUCAGCACAUAGUGAAGUGUCACGGUAGCACCCUCCUGCCGCAGUUCCUGGGCAUGUACCGGGUGAGCGUGGAGAGCGAGGAGACGUACCUGAUCGUCAUGAGGAACAUGUUCAGCCACAGACUGGUGGUGCACAGGAAGUACGACCUGAAGGGCUCUCUGGUGGCUCGUGAAGCAAGCGAUAAAGAAAGGGGGAAAGAGCUCCCUACCUUCAAAGACAUGGACUUCAGGAACAACAUGCAGAAGGUUUACGUGAACGAGGAGCAGAAGGAGAAGUUCAUGGAGAAACUCAACAAAGACGUAGAGUUCCUGGUGAAGCUGAAGAUCAUGGACUACAGCCUGCUGCUUGGUAUCCACGACACGGGCCGAGCGGAGCGAGAGGAGGAGGACGGCGAGGAGGUUUCCAACGAGGAAGAGCAGGAGGCGGAGAACGGGCUGGCGGCGGGCGCGACGGUGGGCUCUUACGGCACUUCUCCGGAGGGAAUCGCUGGUUACAUGUCCUCCUGCAAACCUCUGGGGCCCGGCGAGUUCGACCCCUACGUGGACGUGUACGCCUUCGGCAGCUGCCCAGGAGCCCCUCAGAGGGAGGUCUACUUCAUGGGCCUGAUUGACGUCCUGACUCAGUACGACACCAAGAAGAAAGCAGCUCACGCUGCAAAAACUGUCAAACACGGGGCUGGCGCUGAGAUCUCCACGGUUCACCCCGAGCAGUACGCCAAACGAUUCCGCGACUUCAUCUCAAACAUUUUUGCAUAACGCUCGCCUAAAAAGUUUCUUUUACCAUUGACCCAAAAAAACAGAAAAAGAAAAAAAAAACAACCUAGUAUGCACACACAGAUCAUUUAAAACAUUUGUGGGUGGUCUGACGCGAGACGACUGACGUUGUAGCAAUAUAAUGUACUACUUCUGAUGCAUAUAUUUAUUUUUAAGAAUUAAGUUGUAUUUCUUGUAGAUAUUAAAGCACUCUUAAAAUGGAAAUAACUCUGAAGCAAAAAACUGCUGUUGAUCAGUGUUCAAAGUGUUAGAGACCGGAUCAGUGCGAGAUCAAAUAUCCUUUUUUUUUUUUUUUUUUUUUUUUUUCUUUAAAAUGAGAAGUUUAGUUUUUUAGUUUUUUUUUUUGGAAAUGUGCUUAAUCCUGUUCUUGCUAAGAUUUAGACCAUACGAUUGAUACCCACACGCACAUCUGUAUCUGUACGUUGGAGAUAAAAGAAACACAGCUAGCUUGGCUCUGUCUCAACCCAACCUACCAAAACAUCUGUA